AUGAACGAAUUUUUGAUCUGUUGUCGAAAUUAUCGUUAUCUUUGCUGCAUAUACGCCUGGAGUGAGAAGGGGGAAAUACAGUGGGAUCUCACUUCAUCUCCAGUGGACAGAGAUGGAACAGUUGUUCAAUUGUCCAUGCUUGAUGCCCCUGAAGAGAAACCAGAGACUGUUCAGGAAAACGGAACCAACACAGCUGACACUGUUGUAAGUUAUGCCUCUCGAAUUGAAUCUUUUAAGUCUCUUGCUGGGGAGUCUGAUGCAGUUCUUUUGGAAGAAUUUAUUAAUAAAAUUAAUGCGGGUGGAGAAGAUAGUGUUUCUUCCAUUGUUCUUUCUCCGGAUUCUGAUAAGUCUCAUCGAAAGGAAAUGCAUAAUUUCUUUAAGGAAAACUUUAAGUUCCUGGUUACUGAUGUGGUUGAUGGACCUGAUGCUUCAUCGAAAUGUAUCCGAGUUAGAUUGAAUUCUGCUGAAGCCAACAGCAAAGGCAAAAACUCCAAGAAACGCAAAGAAAGGGGUGAUAAACCCUUUGAUAGCCGAGGUUCAGAAAAUUGGCCUGAGAAUAUUGGCAAGUUCGUUAGGUUUCAUAUUUACAAGGAGAAUAAAGAUACCCAUGAGGCCUUGGGGGUUAUUGGAAAUAUGCUUGGCAUCCAGCCAAAAUCAUUUGGAUUUGCGGGUACAAAGGACAAGCGUGCUGUCACGACGCAAAGGGUUACUGUUUACAAGCAGCGAGCAAGUCGACUCGCUUCACUUAACAAACGCUUGUUUGAUUCUGAAGAUAUCAUAAAAGCAUCUGCAGAUGCCUUGGGAAGGCUUGGCUUCAUUAACUACUUUGGUCUACAGCGUUUUGGAAGUGGUUCUUUGCCAACUCACCUUAUUGGAUCUGCAUUACUUCGAGGGGAAUGGAAACUUGCUGUUGACAUGAUUCUUGAUCCAAGAGAUGGAGAUAUCCUUUUCAUUAGACAUGCAAUAGCCAAUGCACGUAAGUACUAUAAAGAAAGUAAUGAUGUUGUUGGGACACUUAAGCAGUUGCCUCGAUAUUUAGUUGCUGAAAGGGCUGUGCUUCAAUCUUUAAAGAUGUCUCCAGGAAAUUAUUUGCAGGCUUUGAAAAGCAUUCCAAGGACUCUGAGAAUGUUCUACCAAAGCUAUUUAUGGAACCAUGCUGCAAGUAAGAGGGUGCAAAAAUAUGGAACUGAACAAGUAGUAUUAGGGGACUUGGUAAACUGUAAAGACAACUCUACUACAAAAGUUACAGAGUUUGUUGGACCUGAAUAUGCUGAAGACUGCAGUGGUGGGUAUGAUUCCAAUAAUGAGGAUGAAAUCUCUAGAGAUAUUCAUGAAGACAUAAAUAAUUGUGUCAAGGUUGUUGGUGCUGAAGAUCUUAAUUCUGGAUGUUACACAAUUGAUGAUGUCAUCCUUCCUAUGCCAGGUUCACGCGUAAAAUAUCCAACCAAUCAUAUUGCCAAUGUUUAUGAAGAUUUAGCAAAAAAAGAUGGAAUCAGUUUAACUGAAAGCGUGCACAAUGUGGAGGAAUUCUCAAUUACUAGUAUCACUGGAUGUUACAGGAGGGUUUUUCAAAAGCCAAUUAACUUUGAAUGGGAAUUACUUACAUACUCUGACAGUGAUGAACAGUUGGUAGAGACAGAUUUAGACAAAAUUAAAAAGUCUACAUCUACGAACACUAUCAAACCAAUUGAUGUAGGAAAUGGGAAAAUUGAAGAUGCCUUUGACCGCAUCAGAGAGUUAGAGAGUUCUGAUGACGUUCCAAAGGUUGAGAUUGCAGGCGAGCAGGUAAAAUUACCUCAUGAACAAUCUCUUGGUGACUCCAGCUCUCAAGAUUCCCAUAUUGCUCUCAAACUGAGCUUUACUCUUCCUGCUUCUUGUUAUGCAACAAUGGCCAUAAGGGAGCUGCUGAAGACAUCAACAUCUGUUGCAUAUCACAAGACAUUAAACCAGUAG